GGCAGACGGACGACGAGGACGAGCGUCGAGCGCACGACGAAGGCGGAAACAGCAGCGAAAAGUGCCAGAAGCUGAACUUCCGCACCCGGGAAACGCGUCGCGUGUGCUCCGAGUGGAAAAUACGGCAGAGGCGGCGGAAGCCCGGCGAAAAGCCCGCUAAAAGAAUCCCAGCUAUGCGUGCGGCCACAAAUCAAAAUACGAAUUUGUGAAAAGUGCUUUCUGGUCGCAAAGUAAAGGCAAGAGUGCUCGUGCGUGGGCCAUCGGCUAAUUGCUCGUGUGCCUCAGCCACAGGUGGUGUCCCGGCCCGCCACGCCCCCUGGGGCCAAUUGUUGCGGCACACGCAAAUUCGCAGAACCCUAAUUAAAGUGGGACCGCGCAGAAGAAGGGUCAGCGGGCAGCCGCAAUUAGCAAUCUAACAGUUCCGAGAAUCGAUUCAAAUUCACUGCAGCCCCCAAUUAAUUGGGCGCCCCCCAAAAACAGCCGAGGCCCCCACAAGAGAGGAGCCGACGCACUGCGUUACUCCCCCCAAAAAGAGCCGGGGAAAAAAUACGUUUUUAUUUUUUUGGCCCAAGUUGUGGGUGGAUUUGCUGCCUUGCUUCUUGGGGGGACACCAGGCGACGUGUGUCAAAGGUUUGACAGGCCUUAAUUGUGCGGAGGACAGGGAAUCAGGAGACCGAGUGGGAGGGGUGGUUGCCCAGUACCUCGCAGGGGGAGACGAGUCGAGGCGAGGGCUUCGCUUUCGGGAUUUUCGGAUUUACGGAUUAGAAGCGAAACGCAGUUUUUCAGGGGAGGCAGAGAAUUUAACGUCGGACAGAACAUCGACUUUUGUAUCUCAGCUUCCUUGCGAGUUUCUCAAGGAAAAUAAGCUUAGAAAAGGAAAACUAUUUAAUACAAUUACGAGUGGGAGAAAACUUGGGAUAUAAACAAGGCUUUAAUGGGGGAAAGGAAUAUUGAAGAAUUUCGAGCUUAUUUUUAGCUUAUGGAAGAGUAAUUCCGGCUACGAAGAACCUAUAAAACAACUAUUUUCCUGAAGAAUUGUUGUCCGGCUAGAUUUUCGCGACCCAUUUAUGUUCAAUUAAAAAAUUAAGUAAAGCAAUUUGUAGAUUUCGGCUGGCCAUCAAAUGUUCCCUCAACAUCAAUUAAUAAACAUGCGACAAACAAGAAUUAAAUCGAAUUUGUUGGCCAUUGAAAACAUCUAGAUAUAAAAUAAAUUACUCGUUGGGAAAAGCAAAUAAUUUAAUAAAGACUUGGGCCAAUUAGCCGCAGCACACGCACUCAAAGGCUGUUUGAGCUAAAUACCGAUAAAGAGAACCAAACAAGUGGAUAGUUGAUACCAAAUAAAGUGAACCCGGAAGGAGAACCAUGUCGCCAGGAGUGGAGCUGCUGCUGCUGCUCCUGCUCAGCCCGCUGCUGCUCGCGGAGAUCUCCCACCUGCCGAUGGCCAGCAAUCGCAUCAUCCUCGACUCCACGGAGCUGCUGCAGCCCCCCCAGAUCCAGGACCCCAAUCCGCCGGCUGUGGUCAAGGCGACGCCAGUGCCGCCGCAAAAGUGUCCUUCUCAGCAGCGGUACCGCAAGAUGCUGAAGGACUUCGACGACCUGGAGGACCUAUACGUGGAUGUGCCCGUGCACAUUGCCCUGGCGGAGCGGCAGAGGAAGCGAUUUGUGCUGAACCUGAACGACUCGACGCCGCUGACGAUUCGCUUUUCGGCGCCCGUGGGCCGCAAGAUGUACUACAAUCAGACAGGAAACCUCCUCCGGCCGGCGGCAGUGGCACCUGGCCCAGGUGUGGCUGUGGGCAGUCUGGUUCUGCCCUGCGCCCUGCGCGGCCAGUACGACCUCUUCGUCCUGGCCCGCCACUCGGGGGCCCUCAAGGUGGACGCCCUGGCGGAGCACCCCCAGCACGACUGGCCGCUGCUCAACGCCACGCACCGGAUCGCCAUCCGCACCCAGAACCGUGUGCGGAAGCGCGAGAUGAUCGUCAAGUGGGACAGGAGCAAGUUCGACUACCACGUGAUGCACUAUUGCCUGGUAAUACAGAGAGUCUCGAUGGACACCCCGCGGAUAACCUUCGAUAACUUCUGUCAGGCGGUGUCCGCCUACGUGGAGCAGCGACCCUUGACCCCCAGUUGCUCUGGGGGCAAUCCCUUGGAUCUGGUCUGGGGUGCACCACCUCAGCGGGAGAGGAGGCUCAAUCCCCGGCAGAAUCUGCACAUCGUGUGUACGGGGAAGAGGCGCCAGCAGAUGCUGCGUCGCCUGCUCCCGCGGAGCAACUACCAGUUGGACCUGUUCGGAGUCCACCAAGCCCGGCAGAACCUCACCGUUCGACUGGCCAGUAGCCAGGUGAGCUUCAACCGGACCCAACCGCUGGCCCUGAAACUGCAGGCUCUGAUGCAACUGAAGAUCGGAGGACAGCAUGGCAAACAGGUGUACAGCUUCAAGGUGCCGCAGACGAUACUUGAGGUGGAGGACCCCUUUAUGAGGCACCUCCUGAUCCCCUGCUCGGGCAGCGAGAUCCGGGUGAAGCUGCUGCGCCAGCGGAGUGAGGUGGGAGGAACGGAGGCCUUCUACAGUCCCACGUAUAUAAGGCAGAGGGGAGUGCUACCAGGCGAACGCUAUCUGAUGCGGUUCGAGCCCAGCAACGAGGACGAGGCGUUGCGGGCCCAGAAAGUUAUGGUGGCCCUGAGCAGCGAGGCUCUGUUCCGGGAUUUGCCGGAACUGCCGCAGAAUACGAGUGUUUUCAAUGUGCGAACGAGGUGCAAUCGAGCCACCAUCGCCUGGAAUGGCUCACCAGAUCAACGCGAGCUGAGCUACUGCAUCAUAGUGUUCAACCUGCCGCAGCGCAACCGCAGCGUGGUGGACUCCACCAACUACUGCAUGGACUUUGUGCCCAAGCGGGUGAUGCAGUACAGGAACUUCGAGUGGAUGACUUGUAGGGAGCGGCAGCAGAGUCCCGACAACAUCGAAACGGAGACUAUCCUGAACCUCCAGCCGGGCUCCAGCUACCUGGUCUACGUGACCGCCAACCUGAGCAUGGGCAAGCCCCUGCCCUACCAGGCGCUCACCCUGCACAUGGCCAGCCAGUGCCUGGACGCCUCCCACGAGGCCUUCUACUAGGUGGUAACCCCCCAAAGCUUCGCUGCAUUUUCGAAUACAAACACUGAACUAUCCGUCGUUGUAAAGCUACCUUAUCCACUACGAUUACCGCACUAUCCUACAGAAACUACGCUGGUUAAAAGACUAUACACCUAGCUUCCAAUACUAUAUAUUAUAUAUGUGUAUACAGAUGCAUACAGAUGUUCGUGGCAAAUGUUGUUUGAGCGAGUGAUUGAGUGCGUGUGACUGAUUGUGUUCGCCAUUUGAUUCCAAGUAUUCUCGAGUGCUUACUUUCGUACUUCUAGCUAGCCGUUAAUUUUUGUAUAAACUGUUUCAUUGGGUUUUCCACGCCGCCAAUCGUUUUGAUUCUAGCCCUAGCACUCCUAGUUUAAAGUUACAAUUAGUUCUCGUAGGCUUUUGCUGUUAAGUUUUAACCGUAACCGUUCUUUUGUACAUUAAGCUUACAGUUAGCUCUAUCUUAGGUGUACCAUUACGAACAUAUAUGUGCGUUGAAAGCGUUGUAUUUUUUGAGGCCGAACUUAUGCAACCGAAAGGAGGACAAUAAACAAAUGUGCUAUAAAACCAGGAAACUGUCGCAAAUAAAUGUGAAACCACAGCUGAAGAAAAGCA